CGGGGCAGCAGCGGAGCGCAGCCAUGAGCCGCCGCGUGGUGCGCCAGAGCAAGUUCCGCCACGUCUUUGGGCAGCCGGUGAAGGCCGACCAGAUGUAUGAGGACAUCCGUGUCUCCAAGGUGACGUGGGACAGCUCCUUCUGCGCCGUCAACCCCAAAUUCCUGGCCAUCAUUGUGGAGUCGGGUGGCGGGGGGGCCUUCAUGGUCCUGCCCCUGUCCAAGACAGGCCGUGUGGACAAGAACCACCCACUGGUGACGGGGCACACGGCGCCCGUGCUGGACAUCGACUGGUGCCCCCACAACGACAACGUCAUCGCCAGCGCCUCCGAGGACACCACCGUUAUGGUGUGGCAGAUCCCAGACUACGUCCCCGUGCGCAGCAUCACGGAGCCGGUGGUGACGCUGGAGGGGCACUCCAAGCGCGUGGGCAUCAUCUGCUGGCACCCCACAGCCCGCAACGUGCUGCUGAGCGCAGGCUGUGAUAACCUGGUUAUCCUCUGGAACGUGGGCACGGGGGAGAUGCUGCUGGCUCUGGAGGACAUGCACACCGACCUCAUCUACAACGUGGGCUGGAACCGCAACGGCAGCCUCCUGGUCACCACCUGCAAGGACAAGAAGGUGCGCGUCAUCGACCCGCGCAAGCAGACGGUGGUGGCGGAGAUAACCAAACCGCACGACGGCGCCCGGCCCAUCCGCGCCAUCUUCAUGGCCGAUGGCAAGAUCUUCACCACCGGCUUCAGCAAGAUGAGCGAGCGGCAGCUGGGCCUCUGGGACCUGAAAAACUUUGAGGAGCCCAUCGCACUGCAGGAGAUGGACACCAGCAAUGGGGUCCUACUGCCCUUCUACGACGCCGACUCCAGCAUUGUGUACCUCUGUGGAAAGGGGGACAGCAGCAUCCGCUACUUUGAGAUCACGGACGAGGCGCCCUACGUGCACUACCUGAACACUUACAGCAGCAAAGAGCCACAGCGUGGCAUGGGCUUCAUGCCCAAGAGGGGACUGGAUGUCAGCAAGUGUGAAAUUGCCAGGUUCUUCAAGCUGCACGAGCGCAAGUGUGAGCCCAUCGUCAUGACGGUGCCACGCAAGUCAGACCUCUUCCAGGACGAUCUGUACCCCGACACGCCGGGCCCUGAGCCGGCCCUGGAGGCGGAUGAGUGGCUGUCAGGGAAGGACGCGGAGCCCAUCCUCAUCUCGCUGCGGGACGGCUACGUCCCCGUCAAGAAUCGGGAGCUGAAGGUGGUCAAGAAGAACAUCCUGGACACCAAACCCCCCCCGGGCUCCCGCCGCAGCUCCACUUCCAUUACCGACAUCUCUACCCCCGUCCUGGAUGAGGUGCUGGAGGAGAUCCGGGUGCUGAAGGAGACGGUGCAGGCGCAGGAGAAGCGCAUCUCCGCUCUGGAGCACAAACUCUGCCAGUUCACCAAUGGCACGGACUGAGGCACGGGUAUGGGACUGCGCCCAGCCCAGCAUUAAACCGCAUCCCGCAGCGGGCAGGAGGCCACAGCCAUGUUCUUUCCCCA